CGCGUUUAAUGUGGGGAUAAUGACAUACCACACCCUCUGCGUCACCAAUGAGUUCCAUCUCGAGCGUUAAUAACUAGCAGAGCAAGUUGUUAUUAGUGCGGUACAACGGAAACAAUGCCCAUGACCCACCCACAUUCAGCUUGUUCCCUGUCCCUGGCUCUUCCUGGAUCUGACGAUCGCAGCUGCUAAGUUCUGACGAUGAGCUACCCAGGAUACCCUCCUCAGUCUGGAGGCUACCCACCACAGGCGGGUGGCUACCCACCACAGGCAGGUGGCUAUCCACCCCAAGCGGGUGGCUAUCCACCCCAAGCGGGUGGCUACCCACCCCAAGCAGGUGGCUACCCACCCGCAGCAGGUGGCUACCCUCCAGCGGGAGGAGGCUACCCUCCACAGGCAGGUGGAUAUCCACCACAGGCUGGCGGUUACCCACCGGCAGCAGGGGGCUACCCAGGCCAGGGGGGUGGUUACCCUGCUCCAGCUGGAGGCUUCCCUCCCCAGGCUGGUGGAUACCCAGCACAGCCUGGAGCAGGGGGCUAUCCUUCCAUGCCUCCAGCAGGUGGAGGCUGGGGUGCAGCACCAGGUGGCUAUGGAGCGCCAGGAGGACCUCAGCAGGGAUACCCAGGUGCCCCUUCCCCAGGCCAACCCAUGCCAAGUUACCCAGGAGCACCUGCCACUAACCCCUCAAUGCCUGGAUAUGGGGGUGGGGGUCCCUCCCACCCUCAGGGCCCUGCCGGUUUUAGAGGAUACAGGGGUUCUAUUAAAGACUUUCCAGGGGCUGAUCCACUGAGGGAUGUUGAAGUUCUUCGAAAAGCUAUGAAGGGUUUUGGCACUGAUGAAAAGGCCAUUAUUGAACUUUUGGGAAAUCGUUCAAACAAGCAGAGAUUCCCACUGGUUGCAGCUUAUAAGACUACUUAUGGGAAGGAUUUAAUCAAGGACCUGAAGUCUGAGCUAACUGGAAACUUUGAAGAUCUGGUUGUUUGCAUGUUGAAGACCCCCGCGCAGUUAGAUGCAUUUGAGCUCAGAGAAGCUAUUAAGGGUGCGGGAACUGAUGAAGCUUGUCUCAUUGAGAUUUUGUCAUCACGCUCCAAUCAAGAAAUUCAGGAGAUCUCCAGAAUCUACAAAGCUGAGUAUGGGAAGAGCCUGGAGGAUUCCAUCAGCAACGACACCUCUGGCCACUUUCGCAGACUUCUGGUGUCUCUCGCUCAGGGAAAUCGCGAUGAACGGGAGAAUGUUGACAUCGCUUUGGCCAAGCAGGAUGCUCAGAAACUCUAUGCUGCUGGAGAAAAUAAAGUGGGAACUGAUGAGUCUCAGUUUAAUGCCAUCCUGUGUGCUCGCAGCAAGCCUCACCUCAGAGCAGUCUUUCAGGAGUACCAGCACAUGUGUGGGAGAGACAUUGAGAAAAGCAUCUGCAGGGAAAUGUCUGGCAAUCUUGAGUCUGGCAUGGUGGCUGUGGUGAAAUGCAUCAAGAACACCCCUGCCUACUUUGCCGAAAGGCUCCACAAGGCCAUGCAGGGAUUAGGGACCAAGGACAGAACCCUCAUCCGUAUCAUGGUGUCCCGCUCCGAGGUAGAUAUGUUGGAUAUCAGACAGGAGUAUUUGAAGGCCUACGGAAAAUCACUGUACACUCACAUCUCAGGUGAUACCUCUGGGGAUUACCAGAAGCUGCUGUUGAAGCUGUGUGGCGGUAGCGACUGAAAAGGAAGGAAGAAAACCUCUCGACAGGACAUCAUAUAUGUGCACGUUGAAACAAUGUUAUACGACCUUAUGUCACUUGUGAUGCAUGCAGUUAGUGCCAUUUUUCUUAUUUUAAACCAAUAUUAAUUUUAUAUUCUCUUAGUUGACAUAAUUUUUGCUACUGUAUUACAUUUAAUCAGAUUUUAACAGAAACCUUUAUUCUUAUUAUAUAAAAGGUGGAGUCAUAGCCAACAAAAAGUAUGUGUGCCUGAAAAUGUCCUAUUAAAAUAUAAUAUACUGCAGUGACUAUAUAGUAUAUAAUAUUUAGAAUGUGCUACACCCCCAACACCACCACCAAAAAAAAAAGGAUUGUAGGAAAGCUAAUUUUGGGUAACCAUAAGUAAAAAGAAAUUAAGAUACAUUUAAUUAACUUAUAAAGCCCAUAUAUGAAAAAAUAUUUAGUACAGUGCUUUAUAAAUACAUUGCCAACUGUGUGCACCUAUUUACAAAGCUAUAGGAAAUUCGCUCACAAAAUACAUAUAAUCAUUUCCAGCUCCAGUUAAAAAAAAAAAAAAAAAAGCAUCUCUUCUCUAAUUUUUUUAACUACAAUUUAACUAUUGCUUGCAAGUCUAUGCAAAUGAGCUUAUCAUCAAUCAAUAUUUACAUUACCUUUCACUCAGUGCUGAAUGCCAAAUUCUAUAGACAGAUCAUAUUGUGCCUUUUGUGUUAGCUGCUGUGUAAGCUGGUGGAGAUACAUGAUUAUUUACUUUUAUCUUACAAUCUUAUUUUUAUGGCUACAAGAAUGUAAGUUAUACAUUUUCUGUUUCCCAAUAUUUUACUGGUUUGUAUGUUUUACUGCCAGUAGAGGGCUCUUGAGUCACAUGGGGUUUCUUACCUUUUUUAUAGAAUUGUUUUGCCUGCACAUUUAGAGUUUUGCUUUGAAUUGGGUAUUUCCUGCACUAACUAUUUGCCAUGUAACAGAAUUGUCAUCAAAAUUCAGUGGAUGCCUUUAAAAAAAGAAAAGAAAAAAGAACCAAUUCUCAUUCAAUAAAAACCAUUUGGCAUA